CCUCGAUAAGAAGCGACGAGCGGUCCCCGACCAAGGCCGGGCGCUGGGCGGCGGGCAUCGCGCGAGUCAGUCCGGGGGUGGACCGCCGGCGCAGCAACCCGACACCGAGACAUGACGCUGGUAGCCGCUGCCUCGGAGCCUCGCGAAGCCAGACCGCGCUUCUUGGCCGCCAAGCGAUAUUCAGAGGAGACGCCCUGGUGAUCUGAACCCGACUGAACGACCACCUGCGACAUCAUGGCGCUCGACUUCGUCGCUGGCUGCCUCGGCGGUUGCGCUGGGAUAUUAGUGGGGCAUCCCUUGGAUACUGUAAAGGUACAUCUUCAGACGCAGAACCAGCGCGCACCUGCCUACCGAGGAGCCUUCGACUGCUUCACACACAUUUUGCACAGGGAGUCGGUGGGGGGCCUGUACCGCGGCAUGGCGGCGCCGCUGGCGGGCGUGGCGGCGGUGAACGCGGUGACGUUCGGCGUGUACGGGCUGGCGGCGCGCUACCUGGGCGCCGACUCGCUGCGCGGCCAGUUCGCCGCCGGCGCGCUCUCCGGGCUGGCGCAGUCGGCCAUCUGCGCUCCGCUGGAGCAGCUCAAGACGCGCGCACAGCUGCUGGGCGUCGGCCCGCUGCAGUGCGCCGCCGACACGCUGCGCCGGGAAGGCCCGCGCGGGCUCUUCCGGGGGCUCGCCGCCACCGUGCUGCGGGACACCCCCGCCAUGGGCAUCUACUUCGCGACGUACGAGGCGAUGACGCGCGGCAGCGCCCCCGCGCCCACGUGGCUGGUGCUGGCGGCUGGUGGCACGGCGGGCGCCGCCUCCUGGCUGUUCACCUACCCCGUGGACGUGCUCAAGUCGCGCCUGCAGGCCGACGGCGGCGACGGCCGCCCCCGCAGGUACUCGGGUAUGGCGGACUGUCUGCGGCAGAGCGUGCGCUCGGACGGCUGGUCCUUCCUGACGCGCGGCCUGGGCAUCGUGGUGGUGCGCGCCUUCCCCACCAACGCAGCGUGCUUUUUCACCGUGACGCUGGUACUGCGCUGGGACCAGGAGCGCCGGCGUACUAGCAGCCACGGACACCGGCAGCUGCCGCCCGCCGUCGGAGAGCACGACUCCGGCUUGCUGCAGCUGCAGCCGCCGCGCCCUGCCGCCACCUGGCACCGCGGCCACCAGGACGACCUCUUCGGCUGGAGGCGUAGCCUGGCGCGAGCCACGGGCUGCAGCUUCCUCAAGCUGGAAGGCCCGGCGGCCAACAGGGAGGAUCAGAGCGAGGCAGCUGGGGGCCAGUACGAGAGCGUUCACAGACUCUUCUUACACACGGCUGACUUCACAGAGAGCUCGUGGCUGAGCAGUGAAGAGUUCCUCUCCCCUCCUGAAGGCGAUGCUGAGCGGAAGAUCGAGGCGGGGCAGUUGGCGGUUUCGGAAAAGGGCGAAGUAGGGAGCAUGGUCGCUGACAAUCUUUCGAAAGGGUUUGAGUCUGAAAUAGUCCGGUCCCAAAGCGGAAUGGCCUCUUCAACCAGCGAAGAAAUCUCGACAACGGUGUCAAAGUUAGAUCCCAAAUCGGACGACAUUCAGAUAAUGGGUAGUCCGGCGAGUGGCUUGGUGAGGAAGCCGGACGCCGUGCGCCACAUCAGCCGGGAUGCUGCGAACCGUACGAUGGUGGCGACGCAGGUGGACUUGUUCCAAGGGUAUAUCGUGCCACCAGACGACCUGUGGCUGGACCAAGGAGUCGGCAAUCACCUCGAGCGCGGAAAGCUAGCCGCCACACGGCUCGACAAAAGUCGUUCCUUGAACGACUGAAUCAAUAGUAGGGACACACGUCUCCAUAUGUGAGGACGGAGAGUUUUCAUUCGUAGUGUAAAAUGAGGGCCUUCUUACAAUGAAGAGGCCGCAAUCAGGCAUAUUCUGAUUCUGAUUUCAUUUAUUUAAGUCGUUUCCGGAUUGAACACUUCGUGAUUUAUGUCGGUGGCGUAGUAUUCUUUUCAGGUAGUGCACUCUUGGUCUGUGGCUCACAGUGUUUAUGUGGAAACGUAUUUACAAGAUAUGUAAUGUUACCUGUAGCCAGCCCAACUGUGAAAUACGAUCGACAAUUGGGUUAAAAAUUACUCGACUGUUGCUUCUUUUUUGUAAGUUUGGUCCAUUUCACCGUUUGAUACAUCAACUGGCGCUGGGUGUAAACGCACACUGCGUUCUCCUCCUGUGGACUGCUUGAAGACGGCGCAAAAUAGACAAAGUGUGCACCAGCAUUUACAACGAGUCGUGCUCUAAAGCUUAUAGCACUAUGUGUAGGCAAAGGUAUAGUAGAUGAAACAACAAAGAAACGAACAAGCGACUGUAAUGCUAACUGGGAGAGUGCACAAUCCGUCUGAUAUGAGUAACAAAUGCUUGGAUGUGGUAACGGUUUAACUAAAAAAUUCAUCAUAACAAAAUGUGACUGACUGCUGCCUGUUCAAUACAAGUUAACGAACUUCGCAGUAGAUAAUUUCCCAUUUUUCCCAUUCCGAUAAAUGUUUUUAUAUUACUCGUAAAUGAUGCUGAGCUAUAAUGUCAUGCUAUUUAUAUUUCGCUGAAUUUAAGGAUGAUAAAGGAUAGCCAGCCUGUAGCCCCAGUGGCUGCUGAGUGCCUUUAUUUGGUUGUCAGUCACACACCUGUCAGGAAUCAGAAUCAAGGACAAGAGGAUCACAUUGUUCUCAAACUGUUCAACAGCAUGAAAUUUAUAGACUUUGAGGUCACAUUUUUCGUUUUAAUAGAACAUUCAUUUGACCUAAUAGCUUUCUUUACAGUUAUCGUUCGAAGCAUAGUUAACAACAGUGUAGAGUUUAAGAUGACGCUAUUACAAUGAUAGUUAAUAUGUUACAACUUACGAUAUUGUUUUCCAUUUAUCUGAUACAGUUUGUCUUAAAUAAUAUUGAAGUUUUUAUGUAUUGGUAACAACACUCCCUUCCUCACAUGGUUUCUUAUCUAACAGUUGGGGACAGUUACGUCCAUAGGGUAGUUUAGCAAGUUUUUAUGUUUUCUAUUACAACUGCAGUACAUAUAUAUGUGAGAGUUGUGGAUUCAAGUAAUAUUUUAGUUCGGGAUCUUCGUACGCCCUACAGUGUAAACGUUUUAGUAAUGAAUUCAAUGAGUUACCUAGCUAAACUACAGCCUCGCUGAAAUCAGUAUAUCCCCGCUAUCCUCUUUAGGGGUGGGGCUAAAUCUCUGUUUUCCGUUGCACGUGUCUUACAUAAAUAACAACUUUCUAGUCUUGAAGGUCUAAUGUUGACGAUGGUAAGUUUCUCAGUAGGUGACACCUGACUUCUCAGCUUGGGCUGUGCUAUCUGUAGAUAGUAGUAACUACAUACGUAAUUUUUUAUCUUUGUAUUUUAAUGUCUCGCUUAAAAGGACGAGACAAACUCUUCCAAAGGCAAAGAUGCUACAUAUAUUUUACAGAUUCACUGUUCAGAAGCUUAUAGUAUGAUAUAUUCAUGGAAUGGCCAAUGUAAACGAAAGUAAUUAAUACUCAACUGUAUAUAUUGUAAGAAAUAUAAAUAUUCUCAAAGAGAAA